AUGACAGACGGGCACGGGUCAACAAUAAAAAGUCGGAUAAAGAACAUGCUGCGGAAGAAUCGGAAAGAAAACCUUGCGGACAAGGUGAGUGACUGCCGGUUUGCUUUUCAAUAGAUUUAUGCCCGAAUGAUAGGUUAACUAGAGUAAAUUCUAGUGUCAUUGCAUGCACAUUAUAUUUCUAUUGCUGUCAUUUAGAGAACAUAACGAAACAACAUUUUGCUUUAUUGUGGGUAUAUCACUCUCUCAAGAAAUGCCUUAGAUUAAAAUGUUCAAAUGUGAGACUUCAUAUUCCCAAUAAAAUAGUAAUAUGUCUCUAAACACCUGAGAACCAAAAGAAAAAAAGAUGAUUAUGACUGUAAGUCGCUUUGGAUAAAAGCGUCUGCUAAAUGGCAUAUUAUAUUAUUAUUAUUAUAUGAUAGCCUAUUUUGACACUUUUCCAAUGCAUGAGGUUGAGUCAGUGGAUCCAUCUAAUCAUGUGAGCUAUUGUUGAGAAAUUCAAGAACAAAACAGCACACUAACAGCGUGCUAACUAAUCAAUCAGCCUUCUCUCACGUUGUAUUGAUAAUAGACGCAUUUCAGUGUCAGAAAAUGACAGGGAGGUGUUUGUUUAGCUCUCUGUCCAGACCGAUAGUUCAGCUUCUUUCAGUUUACAGUCAUUUAGCAGACGCUCUUAUCCAGAGCGACUUACAGUUAGUGAGUGCAUAAAUUUUUCAUACUGGCCCCCCGUGGGAAACGAACCCACAACCCCAUCUUAAUCUUUUCUUUUUAUUGGCCAGUCUGAGAUAUUGCUUUUUCUUUGCAACUCUGCCUAGGUCAGCAUCCCUUAGUUGCCUCUUCACUGUUGACGUUGAGACUGGUGUUUUGUAGGUACUAUUUAAUGAAGCUACCAGUUGAGGACCUGUGAGGCGUCUGUUUCUCAAACUAGACACUCUAAUGUAUUUGUCCUCUUGCUCAGUUGUGCACCGGUGCCUCCCACUCCUCUUUCUAUUCUGGUUAGAGCCAGUUUGCGCUGUUCUGUGAAGGGAGUAGUACACAGCGUUGUACGAGAUCUUCAGUUUCUUGGCAAUUUCUCGCAUGGAAUAGCCUUCAUUUCUCAGAACAAGAAUAGACUGACGAGUUUCAGAAGAAAGUUCUUUGUUUCUGGCCAUUUUGAGCCUGUAAUCGAACCCACAAUUGCUGAUGCUCCAGAUACUCAACUAGUCUCAAGAAGGCCAGUUUUAUUGCCUCUUUAAUCAGCACAACAGUUUUCAGCUGUGCUAAUAUAAUUGCAAAAGGGUUUUCUAAUAAUCAAUUAGCCUUUUAAAAUGAUAAACUUGGAUUAGCAAACAGCGUGCCAUUGGAACACAGGACUGAUGGCUGCUGAUAAUGGGCCUUUGUACGCCUAUGUAGAUAUUCCAUAAAAAAUCAGCUGUUUCCAGCUACAAUAGCCAUUUACAACAUUAACAAUGUCUACACUGUAUUUCUGAUCAAUUUGAUGUUAUUUUAAUGGACAAAAAAAAAUUCUUUCGAAAACAAGGACAUUUCUAAGUGACCCAAACUUUUGAACGGAAGUGUGUAUAUGUAUAUAUACAGCUGUGGAAAAAAUGUAGAGACGACUGCAAAAUUAUCAGUUUCUCUGGUUUUACUAUUUAUAGGUAUGUUUUUGGGUAAAAAUAACAUUUGUGUUUUAUUCUAUAAACUACUGACAACAUUUCUCCCAAAUUCCAAAUAAAAAUAUUGUCAUUUAGAGCAUUUAUUUGCAGAAAAUGACAAUUGGUCAAAAUAACAAAAAAGAUGCAGUGUUGUCAGACCUCAAAUAAUGCAAAGAAAAUAAGUUCAUGUUCAUUUUUAAACAACACAAUACUAAUGUUUUAACUUAGGAAGAGUUCAGAAAUCAAUAUUUGGUGGAAUAACCCUGAUUUUCAAUCACAGCUUUCAUGCGUCUUGGCAUGCUCUCCACCUGUCUUUCACAUUGAUGUUGGGUGACUUUAUGCCACUCUUGGCGCAAAAAUUCAAGCAGCUCGGCUUUGUUUGAUGGCUUGUGACCAUCCAUCUUCCUCUUGAUCACAUUCCAGAAGUUUUCAGUGGGGUUCAGGUCUGGAGAUUGGGCUGGCCAUGACAGGGUCUUGAUCUGGUGGUCCUCCAUCCACACCUUGAUUGACCUGGCUGUGUGGCAUGGCGCAUUGUCCUGCUGGAAAAACCAAUCCUCAGAGUUGGGGAACAAUGUCAGAGCAAAAGGAAGCAGGUUUUCUUCCAGGACAACCUUGUACGUGGCUUGAUUCAUGCGUCCUUCACAAAGACAAAUCUGCCCGAUUCCAGCGUUGCUGAAGCACCCCCACAUCAUCACCGAUCCUCCACAAAAUUUCACAGUGCGUGCGAGACACUGUGGCUUGUAGGCCUCUCCAGGUCUCCGUCUAACCAUUAGACGACCAGGUGUUGGGCAAAGCUGAAAAUUGGACUCAUCAGAGAAGAUGACCUUACUCCAGUCCUCUACGGUCCAAUCCUUAUGGUCUUUUGCAAACCUCAGCCUGGCUCUUCUUUGCUUCUCAUUGAUGAAGGGCUUUUUUCUAGCUUUGCACGACUUCAGCCCUGCCCCUAGGAGCCGUCCUCGCCGUGCACUUCACCCCAGCUGCCGUUUGCCAUUCUUUUUGUAGGUCACUUGAUGUCAUCCUACGGUUGUUGAGUGACAUUCGAAUUAGUUGGUGGUCAUCCCGGUCAGUAGAGAGUCGUUUUCGCCCUCUGCCGGUCUGUAGCUUUGUUGUCCCCAAUGUCUGCUGCUUGACCUUGUUCUUAUGAACCGCCGUCUUUGAAAUUUUAAGGAUGGAAGCAACCUGACGCUCACUGUAUCCCUCUGCCAGUAAAGCCAGAAUUGAACCCUUCUUUUCCUCACUCAAAACUUUCCUUUUCAACUCUUUUGGCAUGGUCAAUAGUUAUAUUUUGAUUAAUAUUACUUUUGAGGUGCUAUUAGCUCUGUUUUUGCCAACCAGCUGGUCCUAUUGCAAGAGGAUAGUGAUGACCACAGCAGUGGUUUUUAUACUUUUCCUCAUUAAAUAAGAUUUGGUUCAGGUGAUCACCUAAUCAGUACCUAAUUCAGUAGAAUGAGGUGUGCCUGUGUUGGAAUUCAACAGACACUGGAAUGGAAUGGCCGUCAUACAUGUAGAGAUGCUGAUUUAAGAAAAGUUAGCAGUGGUCUCUUAAUUUUUUCCACAGCUGUGUGUAUAUAUAUAUAUAUAUAUAUAUAUAUAUAUAUACACACACACACACACACACACACACACACACAAAGUGCAUUCGUAAAGUAUUUAGACCUCUUCACUUUUUCCACAUUUUGUUACGUUACAUUAAACAGUUUUCCCCCCUCAUCAAUCUACACACAAUACCCCAUAAUGACAAAGCAAAAACUGGUUUUUCGAAAUUUUUGCAAAUGUAUUAAAAAUUAAAAACGGAAAUAUCACAUUUACAUAAGUAUUCAGACCCUUUACUCAGUACUUUGUUGAAGCACCUUUGGCAGCGAUUACAGCCUCGAGUCUUCUUGGGUAUGACGCUACAAGCCUGGCACACCUGUAUUUGGGGAGUUUCUCCCAUUCUUCUCUGCAGAUCCUCUCAAGGUCUGUCAGGUUGGAUGGGGAGCAUCGCUGCACAGCUAUUUUCCGGUCUCUCCAGAAAUGUUCGAUCGGGUUCAAGUCCGGCCUCUAGCUGGGCCACUCAAGGACAUUCAGAGACUUGUCCCGAAGCCACUCCUGCGUUGUCUUGGCUGUGUGCUUAGGGUUGUUGUCCUGUUGGAAGGUGAACCUUCGCCCCAGUCUGUGGUCCUGGGCACUCUGGAGCAGGUUUUCAUCAAGGAUCACUCUGUCAGGCCCUGACCAAGGCCCUUCUACCCCGAUUGCUCAGUUUGGCUGGGCGGCCAGCUCUAGGAAGAGUCUUGGUGGUUCCAAACUUCUUCUGUUUAGGAAUGAUGGAGGCCACUGUGUUUUUGGGGACCUUCAAUGCUCCAUAAAUGUUUUGGUACCCUUCCCCAGAUCUGUGCCUCGACACAAUCCUGUUUUUGCUCUGAUAUGCACUGUCAGCUGUGGGACCUUAUAUAGACAGGUGUGUUCCUUUCCAAAUCAUUUCCAAUCAAUUGAAUUUACCACAGGUGGACUCCAAUCAAGUUACAGAAACAUCUCAAGGAUUAUAAAUGGAAACAGGAUUCACCUGAGCUUAAUUUCGAGUCUAAUAGCAAAGGGUCUGAAUACUUAUGUAAAUAAGGUAUUUCUGUAUUUAAUAAUAAAUUAGCAAAAAAAUGUAAAAACCUGUUUUCGCUUUGUCAUUAUGGGGUAUUGUGUGUGGAAAAAGUGAAGGGGUCUGAAUACUUUCCGGUAUGCACUGUGUAUACACACACAUACACACUCCGGACUCCAACAUUGCUACAUUGCUCGUCCUUUACUUUUUAGAUUGGUAUGUAUUGUUGUGUAUUACUGCUCUGUUGGAGCUAGGAACACAAGCAUUUCGCGACACCCGCAAUAUCAUCUGCUAAAUAUGUGUAUGCGACCAAUAAAACUUGAUUUGAUAGAGAGAGUUGUGUUGAUGCUGAGAGCGGAAUGUAUGUUUUUCAAUAACAUUCUUAGAACGUUCUCUGAACAUUACUACAGUUUUCUUGUGGUUUUUAUGGAAAGUUUUCUUAACAUUCAAAGAACUUAAUGUAUGUUUUUUUUUUUAUUAUUCUACAACGGGUUGGUCAAAACAAGCAUUUCUUAUUGGUUAAUUCGAUCUCCACUGUCCUAUUGAUAAUGAACAUGUCAGGACGAGACGGGCAUCUUUUCUCAGCCAGUCAAAAUCAUGAAUCAGCAUCAUUUUUUAUGGAUAUAAAGAAAUGUCAAUAGGGAAACAGGUCAAACAAAAGGAAAUGCAGCGACUUUUGCUGUUAUUCUAGCUGCACGGUUUGACGUGACUGUGUUAGCAGUAGUUGGUUAGCUAGCAAGCAAGGGAUAAGAGCGUUGCCAGCCAGCAUGGCAACAGAACAUUUCCAACGAACGAGUGGGUCGCGUCCAUAGAUACAGAACAAAAAGACUUCACUACUGGGUCGCGUCUCUGGCAACCUAACCGAUAGAAUGAACGGACAUCUUUUCUCAGCCAGUCGAAAUCAUGAAUCAGCAUACUUUUUAUGGAUAUAUGCAGUACAAAGAAAUGUCAAUAGAAAAACAGGUCAAACGACAUAAAAUGCAGCUAGUUUGCUACCUUACCAGCUUCAUUUUGAAGUGAUUGUGUUAGCUCCUCUGAACAGGGUCCUGACGAGAGAGCACAUUUUCUAUGCUAGGCGAAAUCGCGCUUCAUUAGGUCAUUGUUAUGGAUGUAUCCAAAAGAUCUUAAACAAGCGCAAAUGCCGCUACUUUGCUGUUAUUCUAGCUGUGCUGUUUGACCUGACUUUGUUACCAUAGUUGGCUAGCUAGCAAGCAAGAAAUAAGAGCAUUGCCAGCCAGCAUGGCAAUGGAACAUUUAGAACAAACGACUGGGUCGUCUAUAGAUACAGAACAAAAUGACUUAACGACUGGCAAACUUACCGAUAGAAUGAACGGCCAGCCGGCUUGGCUAGCAACCAUAAAUGUGUCGGGACUAGGCAUGUAUUUUCGUUGAGGGAUGAAAUAGUAGCCUAUGGAUGCAUUUAUCAAAAUAACGUUUUUUAUUUAAUUAGUAACACGUUGUAGAAAAGCAAUUGUACACGCUAGGUUGUGCAAAACUUUUUUUAGUACGGCUGUGCUGCGGUCCUCCGAGUACCGUAGAUUGUGCUAAAAAUUUUGUUUAGCACGCCCUCUUGUGUACAAUUGCUUUAUUUUAGAACGUUCUCUGAACAUUCAUGUUUUCUUGUGGUUUUUAUUAAAAGUUUUCUUAAUGGUCAUGGAACAAUUUGAGAACAUGACUUUAAAUAGAACAACGAGGAAACCUGUAGGAAACGUUAUGCUGAAGUACUGAAAUUCAUACAGAAGAACAUUGUUUCUUAAUGUUCUCUAAACUAUUUCAGAACAUCCCCAAUGUCAAACCCAGUUGGAGAACAUUUCUAGAACAUUACCAAAAUUGAAAUUAAAUGUAAACAUGAACUUUUAGGAAAUGUUCUGUUAAAGUAAUGAAAUUCCAAGAAAAUAACGUUUUCUUUGUCAAGAUCCUUAAAUGUGCUGAGAAUGUUCCAAAACCAAGCAACUAUACUGCACCAUCCCCAGAAAGUUGUGGGAAGGUUGUAUGCAAAAUAACCAUAGGACAACCACGCUCUCACCAAGCUCUAAGAAACAUAUGGUUCUCAGAACUUUAUUUGCUUGCUGGGUAGUCCAUCAGGGCUAAUCUCCCACGGGGCAUAAACAGACAUGCAAUACAUUGGAUAAUCAACAAGGGGCUAUGCGUUCUAUGGAACAUAAUGAACAAUGUUGCAUUAUUUUCCAGAGAACACAUAGAGCCCCGAGUUGAUUAUCCCUUUUAUAAAAUCCUCUCAGAUCUCCACUAGUGUAUAGGGAUUGUGGGCUAGGGACAGGGGCUAGGGGUGGAUUUGGGAUUGCCUUGUUAAAACUCUAGAAUUCUCUGUCUCCCUCUGUAGGUGACUUUGGAGAGGGUCCUGGGAAUCAAAGCCUCUAGCAACAGUGGUCUGGCCUGUGACCCCCACUCUGGUCUUGUGGCCUAUCCUGCUGGGUGAGUCUAGGGGGAGAGGAAGAGAGAGAGAGGUGUGAGUGCGUGCGUGCGUGCGUGCAUGCCAGACCUGGGUUCAAAUACUAUUUCAAAUGUCUCAAUUAAUUUCACAUGCAUUCGAAUUAAGUAUUCAGAUAUAUUUUAUUUGAAAAGACAAGUAGUAAUGUAUUUGGAAAUACACUUGGAAAGUGUUUGAAAAUACUCAAAUACACUCCCAUUCAUUUAACCCAGGUAUUUUACUGAACACAAAUAUAAACGCAACAUGUAAAGUUUUGGUCCCAUGUUUCAUGAGCUGAAAUAAAAUAUCCCAGAAAUGUUCCAUACUCACAAAAAGCAUAUUUCUCUCAAAUGUUGUGCACAAAUUUGUUUACAUCCCUGUUAGUGAGCAUUUCUCCUUUGCCAAGAUAAUCCAUCCAUCUGACAGGUGUGGCAUAUCAAGAAGCUGAUUAAACAGCAUGAUCAUUUCACAGGUGCACCUUGUGCUGGGGACAAUAAAAGGCCACUCUAAAAUGUGCAGUUUUGUCACACAACACAAUGCCACAGAUGUCUCAAAUUGAGGGAGUGUGCAAUUGGCAUGCAGAAAUGCAGUAAGUAGGCCAUGCUUCCUAAAAGCCUCUGUCAUAACCUAAUUAAUCAGGCCAAUGUCUGGAACAACAAGAGAAUUAGGUCCUUGGACUAGCUCUGCGCCAAGGACUGUGAAUGUGCACGUAUGCGUGUGUGUGUUUGCCAUUGUUCAUACCUUUGCCAAUCCUCCUCAGCUCCUCUAUUUUAAACUCCUGGCACACUUAAUAGGCCAGAGACGUGGUUCACACAGAGCUGUGUCACAUAGCUGCCAGGGUGUACUGUCCUGUUUAACUUACACCCCCACACUCUCUGUGAACAGGAAGUGAUGAUAGCAGGAAGUGAUAGGCACGCAUUAUGACGGGGACCAUUAUGACGGGGACUCAGGUAUCCGAUUUGAAUGGCAGGCAGGUAGAAGCUCAGAGGUUCACACGAUUAUCCGGCAGGCUUAGAGAUUCUGUUUAGGAUCAGUGGAAGCUUUACAAUAUUAACACUGCUUUACAUAUUAUAUAUUCAGGAUUAAGAGAAGCGUUGUUGCAGAACACAGAACAAACAGCCCUUCCAAAGUCUGUUAGGUAACUAACACCCCUGUUGGAUUGCUACUGUUACAUACAGGGACUUCAGAAAGUAUUCAUACCCCUUGACUUAUUCCACAUUUUGUUGUGUUACAGUCUGAAUAAAAAAUUUAUGAAAUAUAUAUUUUUCCACAUCUAUCUACACACAAUACCCCAUAAUGAUAAAGUGAAAACAUGUUUUUAGAAAUGGUUGCAAAUGUAUUGAAAAUUAAAUACAGAAAUAUCUCAUUUACAUAAGUAUUCACAGUCAAUACCAUAUUCCUCACUGCCUUUUUGGAAAUGCAAAUUGCCCUUAUGUCAUGUAACUAUUAUUCUGCAGCCUCAUAUUACUCAGCUGCAGAUCAAGUGCAUAAGAUGGUGGUCGAAUUGCAAUGAAAGGAUACAGUGUAAUUACACUGUAGUUACAGUAGUAAUUCCUGCUGUGUAACCCUGGUGUGUGUUUCUCCUGCUCUGUAGCUGUGUGGUGGUUCUGCUGAACCCCAAGAAGAACAGACAGCACCACAUCCUCAAUACAUCCAGGUGAGAUAUUACUCACUCGCACUACCAUCCCGUAAUCACCCCCUACUCAUUCCCUAAUCAUACCCUAAUCAUCCUCUACCCAGACCCUAAACAUCCACGGAUACAUGUAUGACUGUAACCACAGAAUACUCUUCUCUCUUUUAACAGGAAAACUAUCACAGCUCUGUCCUUCUCUCCAGAUGGCAAAUGCUUGGUCACAGGAGAGGUGAGUUCUCUCUCUCUCUCUCUCUCUCUCUCUCUCUCUCUCUCUCUCUCUCUCUCUCUCUCUCUCUUUCUCUCUCUCUCUCUCUCUUUCUCUCUUUCGAUUUUAAUCCUCAAAAUCUGGUUAGUGGGUUUGAUUGAAUAUCUCCCUGUGUUGUACCGUAGGUGUGGUAAUGUUUUAGCUCCAGAUUAGCUCAUGUGGCUCGACGCUGCUGUGUUGAUGUGGCGCCUUAGCCUAAUCCCAGCUAGCCAAUCAGAGCCUAAAUAAAUCCCUCUCGCUGUAAGUGGGUGAGCACUUCAGAGUUGCCAUAGCAGCAGGGGUCAAAGUACCAAGUACCAUGCUCAUAGGACUGCUGUUGGUUACACACACACACACAAACAACCCUCUGGGUAGAAGUUACCCUUAGGUACUAGGAUCAGUUUACCCUUCCCAAUUCUAACCUUAACCAUUAGGGUGAGGGAAUAUGUUAUUAUGAGGAGUGUAUCUCAAUUGAAUGCUUCCUACAUUUCCUUUUUUUUUGGGUCAUGGUUAAAGACUAGAAUAUCACUGAUAGACUCUGUCAUUUUAUUGAUUUGAGUCCCUUACUAUGGAAGCAAUGAUGAAUCUGUUACAGAAGCAGAACAAUCAGUAGGCUAAAAACUAGAGGUAAACAUGUGGAUAUCCCUGUAUCUCUGAGAGGACGAUCUGAUAACACAUGCACACACAAACACACACACACAUAUAGGAGCUGAUCCACACACAGUGUCCCAGUAUCCUUAGUGGACCUGGGCACAGUCAGAUUAAAGUAACAACUUUUUGACCUCUGAUAGUGUGUGAAAUGGUUCAGACUGAGUGGAUUGUGGCUGACACAGCAUGUGUAUUCGCACUGUGACUUUAUCUCUCUCUCCCCUUCUCUCCAUCUAUCUCCCCUUCUCUCGGUCUCGCUCUCCCUCCCCCUCCCAGUCGGGUCACCUGCCGGCGGUGCGUGUUUGGGAGGUCUGUGAGCGUCGGCAGCUGGCAGAGCUGCAGGAACAUAAGUAUGGCGUGUCCUGUGUGGCCUUCUCUCCCAACAGUAAAUAUAUCGUCAGCGUGGGCUACCAGCACGACAUGAUGGUCCACGUCUGGGCAUGGAAGGUAUGCCAGCAGCCUCUGGCCAAUAGGCAUCUUACUUAAGUUGUCCAAUGUCACCUUUCUGUCAACCAAUGAAAUUCUCAUCUGCCCUGAGUGACCUUUCUAUGAGCCAAUAUUAUCAGCCCUUCUGCAAUAGCCACUGCCCCAGAGACCGCAACAUCAAUAGAAUCUGCCCUUCUGCUUGUGUAACUGCCACAGGGGCAAUACUUCUAUAGUUACUGCCCUCAUACAUUUAGUAUUUUUGUUGUGGUUGCAGAAGAACACAGUAAUUGCUGCUAACAAGGUGUCCAGUAAGGUGACAGCAGUGUCCUUCUCUGAGGACAGCUCCUACUUUGUGACAGCAGGGAACAGACACGUCAAGUUCUGGUACCUGGACCACUCCAAAUCUAUCAAGGUACUUUCAUCUCUGUUUCUGUGCAGGCUAAUGCUACUGAUUGUGAGCAGACUAACAGAACGGCUAACUCUUGUUACUCAUUGCAUUUUACAUAACCAACUAACUAACUGCAUUUCUCUCUACAGGCCAGUGCUCCAGUCCCAGUCUCGGCUCCUGAUACUAAGUCUAAUACUAAUAACACUAGUGUUUCUGUUGUGUUUGUGCAGGCCAGUACUCCUGUCCCUCUGCUGGGGCGCUCUGGGCUCUUGGGGGAGCUGAGGAACAACUUAUUUUGUGACGUGGCUUGUGGGCGUGGCUCUAAGGCCGAAAGCACCUUCUGUAUCACCUCCUCCGGCCUGCUCUGUGAAUUCAACACCAAGAGGAUGCUGGACAAGUGGGUGGACCUACGGGUGAGUCACUGACAGAUGGGAGAGCCUAUAGGUGAGUCACUGACAUAGGAGUGUGAAGGUGCCUUUGGACUAUUAACAGAUGGCCUAAUGCAAGGAAAUGGCUGGCAUGUGUCUGUGGUGUGAAAGGAGUUCAUGUCUGUCUUUGGUAUGGACUCUGUCCAACUGUAGGCUCUAUAGAGGUCUGUGUGUCCCUUGUGUCCUGCCAGCAGUAAGGGGAUCACAGAUAGAUUAGGGUUAGGGACAGGGACGAGGACAGGAUGUGUUUGAGACACUUCCAGUGGGAACACCUUUGUCCAUCCAAGUCCAUCCAGGAGUGAGGCCAGGACACUGAUCUUAGAUACAGUGGGGAGAACAAGUAUUUGAUACACUGCCGGUUUUGCAGGUUUUCCUACUUACAAAGCAUGUAGAGGUCUGUAAUUUUUAUUAUAGGUACACUUCAACUGUGAGAGACGGAAUCUAAAACAAAAAUCCAGAAAAUCACAUUGUAUGAUUUUUAAGUAAUUCAUUUGCAUUUUAUUGUAUGACAUAAGUAUUUGAUAUAUCAGAAAAGCAGAACUUAAUAUUUGGUACAGAAAUCUUUGUUUGCAAUUACAGAGAUCAUACGUUUCCUGUAGGUCUUGACCAUGUUUGCACACACUGCAGCAGGGAUUUUGGCCCACUCCUCCAUACAGACCUUCUCCAGAUCCUUCAGGUUUCGGGGCUGUCGCUGGGCAAUACGGACUUUCAGCUCCCUCCAAAGAUGUUCUAUUGGGUUCAGGUCUGGAGACUGGCUAGGUCACUCCAGGACCUUGAGAUGCUUCUUACGGAGCCACUCCUUAGUUGCCCUGGCUGUGUGUUUCGGGUUGUUGUCAUGCUGGAAGACCCAGCCACGACCCAUCUUCAAUGCUCUUACUGAGGGAAGGAGGUUGUUGGCCAAGAUCUCGCAAUACAUGGCCCCAUCCAUCCUCCCCUCAAUACGGUGCAGUCGUCCUGUCCCCUUUGCAGAAAAGCAUCCCCAAAGAAUGAUGUUUCCACCUCCAUGCUUCACGGUUGGGAUGGUGAUCUUAGGGUUGUACUCAUCCUUCUUCUUCCUCCAAACACGGCGAGUGGAGUUUAGACCAAAAAGCUCUCUUUUUGUCUCAUCAGACCACAUGACCUUCUCCCAUUCCUCCUCUGGAUCAUCCAGAUGGUCAUUGGCAAACUUCAGACGGGCCUGGACAUGCGCUGGCUUGAGCAGGGGGACCUUGCGUGCGCUGCAGGAUUUUAAUCCAUGACGGCGUAGUGUGUUACUAAUGGUUUUCUUUGAGAAUGUGGUCCCAGCUCUCUUCAGGUGUCACGAUCGUUUACGGACGAGAAGGACCAAGGCGCAGCGUGAUAUGCAUUCAUAUUUAUUUACGGCUAAACACACGACAAAACAACAAACGAAACGUGAAGUCCAAGGUAGCAUACAAACAACAUACCUUACACGGAACAAGAUCCCACCACUAACAGGUGCCAAAAGGCUGCCUAAGUAUGGUCCCCAAUCAGAGACAACGAGCUACAGAUGCCUCUGAUUGGGAACCACCCUGGCCAACAUAGAUCUGCACAUGCUAGAUCUAAAACAAAGAAAUCAACAUAGCAACACACAACACGGAAAAUACACACCCUGACUCAACAAAUACAAGUCCUCAGAGUCAGGGCGUGACAGUACCCCCCCCCCCCCCCCCCCCCCCCCCCCCCCCCCCCCCCCCAAAGGUGCGGACUCCGACCGCGCCACAUAAACAUAACAGGGUAGGGGCCGGGUGGGCAUUCCGCCUCGGAGGCUCCGGGUGUGACCACCACUUACUCUCCACCUCGCCGUUGCGCCCCUGGUCUGGUCUGGACCUCGGCGCGCUGCUUCCCCUCUCCUUCCUCCCAUGACGUACCAAGCCCUGUCUGGACCCUGGUGUGGGAGACCCCGAACCCGGAGAGGGGCUGACGUCUGGGUCUGGACUGGAACCGCUGACUGGAGCUGGACCCGACGACGGUGGAGCGGAUUGCUCUGGCUCCGGAGUGGAGCAGCUGACCGGAGCUGGAUCAGGCACUGGUGGAACAGGCACGGGCCGUGCCGGACUGGACACACGCACCACUGGCUUGGUGCGGGGAGUAGGAACGGGCCGGACCUGGCUGAUGACGCGCACCCCUGGCUUGGUGCGGGGAGCAGGAACGGGCCGGACUGGGCUGACGAUGCGCACCACUGGCUUGGUGCGAGGGACAGGCACAGGUCGGACCGGGCUGGCGACGCGCACCACUGGCUUGGUGCGAGGGGCAGGAACAGGCCGGGCUGGCAACGCGCACCACUGGCUUGAUGCGAGGAGCAGGAACGGGCCGAACCGUACUGGGAACACACACCACUGGCUUAGUGCGGGAAGCAGGAACGUGCCGGACCGGACUGGCGACACGCACCACUUGAUUGGUGCGAGAAGCGGGACUGGGUUCCUUCAUUAACCCCCGCUCCUUCUGCUGCCUAACCAGCUCCUCUCGCCGUGCCUCUACACUUUCCUUCUGCUCCCUCUGAACCAAUGACCCCCUAAUCUGGUGGCCUCCUCUGCUAAACAGCGGAACCGCUCUAUCGCGGCCUCCUGCUGCCUCGUCGUCCACGGCAUGAGCCCCCCCCCUAAAAAUUUUUGGGGAUUGUCUCUCCCCUGUGAUCAUGGCCUCCAUCCCUCUGGCCAGACUCUCGCUCAUCUCCUCCCAAGUCCAUCCUCUCUCCUCGUCACGCUGCUUGAUCUAGGAUUGGUGGGAUCUUCUGUCACGAUAGUUUACGGACGAGAAGGACCAAGGCGUGAUAUGCAUUCAUAUUUAUUUACGGCUAAACACACGACAAAACAACAAACGAAACGUGAAGUCCAAGGUAGCAUACAAACAACAUACCUUACACGGAACAAGAUCCCACCACUAACAGGUGCCAAAAGGCUGCCUAAGUAUGGUCCCCAAUCAGAGACAACGAGCUACAGCUGCCUCUGAUUGGGAACCACCCUGGCCAACAUAGAUCUGCACAUGCUAGAUCUAAAACAUAGAAAUCAACAUAGCAACACACAACACUGAAAAUACACACCCUGACUCAACAAAUACAAGUCCUCAGAGUCAGGGCGUGACAUCAGGUCAUUGACCAGGUCCUGCCGUGUAGUUAUGGGCUGAUCCCUCACCUUCCUCAUGAUCAUUGAUGCCCCACAAGGUGAGAUCUUGCAUGGAGCCCCAGACCGAGGGUGAUUGACCGUCAUCUUGAACUUCUUCCAUUUUCUAAUAAUUGCGCCAACAGUUGUUGCCAACUCACCAAGCUGCUUGCCUAUUGUCCUGUAGCCCAUCCCAGCCUUGUGCAGGUCUACAAUUUUAUCCCUGAUGUCCUUACACAGCUCACUGGUCUUGGCCAUUGUGGAGAGGUUGGAGUCUGUUUGAUUGAGUGUGUGGACAGGUGUCUUUUAUACAGGUAACGAGUUCAAACAGGUGCAGUUAAUACAGGUAAUGAGUGGAGAACAGGAGGGCUUCUUAAAGAAAAACUAACAGGUCUGUGAGAGCCGGAAUAUCUUACUGGUUGGUAGGUGAUCAAAUACUUAUGUCAUGCAAUAAAAUGCAAAUUAAUUACUUAAAAAUCAGACAAUGUGAUUUUCUGGAUUUUUGUUUUAGAUUCCGUCUCUCACAGUUGAAGUGUACCUAUGAUAACAAUUACAGACCUCUACAUGCUUUGUAAGUAGGAAAACCUGCAAAAUUGGCAGUGUAUCAAAUACUUGUUCUCCCCACUGUAUGUAACCUAGAUCAUUACUGACUGGAUCCUUGGGUCCUUGAGACUAGAUUUUCUCUGUUGCAUCAUUUCCUGUCCUCUGUAGACCAUGCGUAGCAAUGUCAAUCUCUGUGUCUGAGAAGCACCUUCAAGUUACUCUUUAAUGAUAUCGAUUUAUUCAUUGGUAGACUGAUUGGUUGAUUGAUCUCCUCCUGUCCCCGUAGACCAGUGUGGCCAGGUCUCUGUGUGUAUCAGAGGAGCUGAUCUUCUGUGGCUGUGCUAAUGGGAUGGUGCGAGCCUUCAGCCCUGCUGACCUGGGGUUCAUCUGUACCCUGCCAAGACCACACCACCUUGGCACUGACGUGUCCAGCGUCACACAGGCCAGGUGUGACACAUACACACACAAACCUCUGGGUAGAAGUUACCCUUAGGUACAGAGCUAGGAUCAGCUUACCCUUCCCAAUGCUAACCUUAACUAUUAGGCUGGGGAAUACGAAACUAACCUUAGAUCAGUUUCUAGGGACAUCUUUGCAACCCUGUUUUACAACUACAUUCUGAGCUGAAGCAGGUUACUCCUGGUACACCAUGCAUUAAACAUAAGUCACACAUUACUUCCUUUCUCCCAUCAGCCACCUGUUCACCAACAAGAUGGCCGCCCACUACCCUGACUCUGUGGCGGUGACCUAUGACCCGGUCAGUCAUUGGUUGAGCUGUGUGUAUAACGACCACAGCCUGUAUGUGUGGGACGUCAGGGACCUCCACAGGGUAGGCAAGGUGCACUCUGCCCUCUACCACGCCGCCUGUGUCUGGGACCUACAGGUAAAAUGUCAAGAUAUCAAGAGUAAUAUUUGAGGGCUGUAGAGAUGAUUAAGUGACUGUAGUUGAGGCUAUAUGGAAGUAAUUCAGUAUGAUACAGAGAGAAUGUUCCUUUACUAUACCAUUACUCCAUGUGUUCUUCCUCCUCUCUCUGUUCUCAAGAUGGUCCCAGAGGCCCCAGAGUCUGGUCUGUCUUCUGGAGAGUUCCUCAGCUGUUCAGCAGACAACACUGUCAGACUGUGGACUACAGAGAGGCAGGGACACACUCAUACACAGAAUGUUCUUAGUAAGGUAUGUGUCCAAUAUCUAACAGUGUACUCUGAUAGAUACUGACCCACCUCUGCAUGUGAAAAGCUGUAUUCUGUUGAGAGAAACUGUUAAACCUCUUGCUGUGUUGUGUUGAGAGAAACUGUUAAACCUCUUGCUGUGGCUCCUGGGAGUCAUCUUUCUCCCUCACCCCCGCUGCACUCCAGCCAUCCUUCUUUCAUCCACUAUCUCCGGCCAUUCUUCCUUCUUCCAUCCUUCCUUUGUUCAUCCACCUUUCUACCCCUCAGGACCUGUUGAAGGUGAUCUAUAUGGAUGGAAACACCGCCACCCUGGUGGAAACAGAGGGAAGUGUGUCAGUUAGCACAGAGAAGACAGACGGACAGACAGCAGAGACCAGGACAGGCAUUAGGACCAUCUGUGUCAGCCCCGAUGGGAAACACCUGGCGUCUGGAGACCGCAACGGGAUGCUGAGGUACGGAACGGGAUGAGAAUGGGAUGGGAUAGGAAUGGAGUCUGGUUAUGUCUGUGCAGAGUGUGUGUUUUUGAUGUGUGUGUGUGUUCUGCAGGGUUCAUGACCUCAGCAGUAUGGCAGAGAUUCAGAAGGUGGAAGCCCAUGACUCAGAGAUCCUGUGUCUGGAAUACUCUAAACCAGAGACAGGUCUGAAGCUGUUAGCCACCGCUAGCCGCGACCGUCUGAUCCACGUCCUGGAUGCUGAGAAAGACUACGGCCUUGUCCAGACCCUGGACGAACACUCUUCAUCCAUCACCGCCGUCCGAUUCGCUGGUGAGUGACCUGUAACUUCCCGACGUCAGAGAGAAAGGCGUCAUCAUAACGUAAACAUCUGUAGAACAGAUACAGUCUAUGUAGUAAGGUUGGACAGUAGGAGAUAGGUACUGUAUGUAUGAUCUUGGUAAUUUCAAAGCUCUGUGAUUGUUUUCAUGGCUAUGGUUACGUUGCCUCUCCUCCCUCAGCCAAUGACAACACGGUGAGGAUGAUCAGCUGUGGAGCAGACAAGAGCAUCUACUUCCGUACGGCUCACAGGGUAAGACACUCAACAUUCAGUCAGGGUACACAGGGUAAGGAACACGUUAGUGUGUCACGUUGCAAUUACAGAAGUCCAAAACUUGAGUUGUUCUAAAUGCAACGUUAUGUAACUAACUGGGAUCUCAGUAUCUCAACAUUUGCAAAAGAGACAACAGUCAUCAUCAUCCACUCUUCAUACGUUCCUCCUUCCCUUUUUAAAUGUCUCUAUUAGGAUAAUGGAUAGAGGAAUGGGACUACUGUUAAGUUGUGGAACAUGAGUCCAUCGCAGGGACAGAGUUCCACUUCCAGACCCAAAAAUGUCUUGUUAGCUUCCUGCUAGCACUGCUUUCCCAGUGUAAAUAUACAUUAUUUGAGUGGCAGUUUAGGAAACAAACACUGACAUCUCUCUUCUCUCUCUCUCUCAAUCUGCUCUUCUCUGGCAGUGCUCUCUGUUCCAUCUAUUAACAUGCUCUUUGUUUUUACCAAGUGGCUGCAUGUCAGUAUUUAUCUUAGAGAAAUUGCACACGGCCACUGUCUUGAUUUUCUGAGUUUUAAAAACAUCUGUUACCGUCUAUAAGGUAAUGUAGCUCUGCUUGUAUAUGAACUGCAGACACUGAGCGUAGAGUAUAGAAUACCUUAAGAUGAUGUUAACAUUAUUUUUCAAGAGUAAGCUAGAUAAAUCAACCAAGGUUUUGUUCUCUCCCCCCUCAGACAGACGGAGGUACAGAGUUCAGGCGUACUCACCAUGUGGUGAGAAAGACCACUCUGUAUGACAUGGAUGUAGAGCCCAGCUGUAAGUAUGCUGCUGUGGGCUGCCAGGACCGAUGCAUCAGGAUCUUCAACAUCAGCAGUGGGAAACAGAAGAAACUCUACAAGGGUUCACAGACUGAGGAUGGCAGCCUGCUUAAGGUUUAGGAUCAUUCUACUCGACAACUCUGUCAAAGAAAGAUAGAAAAUGUCAGCUCACUGUGGCUGCUCCCCAAAUAAGUUAUUUAUGAAGCUUGUGAUAGUUACGACGUUUCAACUAGUGAUGGGCACUGAUAUUGUAUCAUAUCUAUAUCGAUAUCAUUUUGGUUUGACUAAAUAACAUUGCAACUGUGUGGACUUCACGUCCACGGAUUUGUGACGUUCAGACAACUGCAUGCCCAUUGGGCAGGUCACAGGUGUGAAUGUUCUGGGGGCUUAACCUAACCAUCCAGUUUGAGUACAAUGUGAAGCCUGUUGAUGGCCCAUCAGCAGGCAGUUAAAUAUGCUAAAUUGAGACCCGGUGAGAUGAUUCUGUGCCUGCAGGAACAGUCACGUAUGACUUUUACAUAAUAGUGUAGGUUUACAGCAAGGAUAAACCGAUAUCACGAUAUGCCUGGCUCAUAUUGAUAUGAAACAAUAUCAUUUGAAUUGUCGAUAUUGGUGCCCACCUCUAGUUUCAACCUUUAUGUUCUGUUUUUCCCCAUGCAGGUGCAGACUGAUCCGUCUGGUCAGUACGUUGCCACCAGCUGCUCUGAUAAGAACAUCAGCAUAUUUGACUUCCGCUCUGGAGUGUGUGUGGCCACCAUGUUCGGACACUCUGGUAACAGACCAUGACAUACUGUACACACACACACAUGCUCGCUCGCUCGCUCACUCACUCAAAACAACCUACAAGCCAGCUGAUUCUUUCUUUUCCUGUUCUCAGAGAUAGUGACUGGGAUGAAGUUCACCAACGACUGUAAACAUCUCAUCUCUGUUUCUGGGGACAGGUAGGACCCCGCCCUGGUGUGUGUGUGAGAGUCUGUCUGUUUGUGUCUGUCUGAUGGCCUGUUGUCUAUUCCAGCUGUAUCUUUGUAUGGCGUCUGGCUCCAGAGCUGACCAUGAGUAUGAGAGAACGUCUCAGACGAACCCCCCUAACACCACCUUGCAACACCUCCACACUCAGGUAAAGGAUUGGAUGGGUAUAAGCAGUAGGGUAACAGUUUCCACAGGUAACCAAGGACUGAACAGACAUUUCCCAGUCUCUUAGGGCUGGGCGGUAUACCACAUUUUACCCAUGUAACUCAGUUGGUAGAGCAUGGCGCUUGCAACGCCAGGGUUGUGGGUUUGAUUUCCACGGGGGGCCAGUAUGAAAAAAUUGAUGCACUCCCUAACUGUAAGUCGCUCUGGAUAAGAGCGUCUGCUAAAUAACUAUUUUUUAAUGUAAAUAUAUUUCAAUGUUUGGUUUGUUAAAUGUGAUAUUCUACUCCGCCGUGUGCGGCGUCGGUUUUUAUAGUUUACUCCGCUACUUGAGUCGUCUCUCUCUCCAUUCCGCUUUCCUCACAGACUAAGCCCCGCCCCCUGUCACUCAAAGAGCCACCGCACGUAAUUCAUCCUCACUCUCCUCUCAUCAGGUUACAUUUCUGAGCUACUGGAGUACGUUUUUUAAAUUUUUGUACUUGAUGCCACUCUUCCUCACCACACCGUUUCCCUCUACACUCAGCUCCUUUCCUUGUUCCUCGCUGUCCAUUUCUACAUCUCCACGCUCUUUCCGCUUCUUCAUCCGGUGUAGUAGCAAACUGUUCAAAUGGUUCUUGUAUCUUGAAUUUGCCGCCAUGUCACCUCCACAUGAAUAUGUUAGCUACAUGAAACCGCUAAGAGAAAACAUUUAAUGUAGCCAAAGAUUAUAGGUUCCCCUAGGAAACACUGACCAACACUUUGGUUCUGACCCUGUCACAAUAACUCCGCCCUGGCUUUCUCAUUCGUUGUCAUGUCAAACAACACUGUAUUCAAAGUGCCCACUAUGAUAUUCUAUCUAUAGAAUUAGAAUAGUCAUUCUAUUUCUAUGAUUCCAACAGUUCCCCCAAGUGUUUUGAUCUAAAUCGCAAGUCAAAUCGCAAUUGCAAUAUUUGGCCUAAAAAUAAGGCCUAGAUUUUUUGGCCAUAUCAUGCAGCCCUACGUGGCAGUGUGGAAAUGAUCUCAAAUGAGUGCAGGAAAUGCAGAAAUUGAUGAAAAUGCUGAAACAUUUUUUGGGUUGAAGUUUGACUGAACAGUAUAAAACAAUCAGAAUGGAGAAUGCCCCAUUAACAUUUCUUGAAAUCUCUUAGAAUGUAUGUGUUGCCACCCUAGGGUCAUGCACUACUCAUAAAGCAAAUGUUGUACUUUUAUUAUUCAAAAACAUCAAAUACCAUCACACCAUCCAAAAAUAUAAAAAUAUCAUGAUAUGAUAUUGUUGUUGUGUGUGAUGUAGGCGUGAGGUGUACAGUGCACCGGAUCUUGGUCUGAUGUCAUCAGAGAGUGACCGUGAGGUGGAGGAGCCAGAGGAGAGGGACGAUCCCUGUGACCUGGAACAGAUCACAGGAAACAGUAACACCUCCUCAGGGAGUAGCCAUGACGAUGACGCAGGUACAGAACAGAGUCAUCAUAUCUGGAUGUAACAUUUCGGCAACUUCUACCUCUAGUGUCUCUACCUUAAAUACUGCAUUCUUGUCUAUUAUAGGUGCCUCAGAUGAAGGACAGGACUGGGAAUCUAAGAAGGUUUGUUGGACACACACACACACACACACACACACACACACACACACACAGUGGUUGCUCCAUUCAUGCUACUCUCUUUCUUACAAUCCCCUACAUAUUUAUUUGGACAGUGACGCUAAUUUCCUUAAUUUGGCUCUAUACUCCAGUAUUUGAGAUCAAAUGUUUUAUAUGAGGCGGCAGUACAGAAUGUCAUCUUUUAUUAGAGGGUACUUUCAUACAUAUGUGUUUUAUAGUUUAGAAAUGAAAGCGCUUCAUGUACCUACCCAGCUAGGACAUAACGUUCUGAGAACCAUAUGUUUCUUAGAGCUUGGUGAAAGCGUCGUUGUCCUAUGGUUAUUUUGCAUAAAACCUUCCCACAACUUUCUGGGAAUGGUGCAGGAUAGGUCCUUGGCUUUGGCACAUUCCAAGCACAUUUAAGGAACUUGAAAAAAUAACAUUAUUUUUUUGGUAUAUCAUUACUUUAACAGAACGUUUCCUAAACGUUCAAACAUAGUUACAUUUAAUUUCAAUUUUGAUAAUGUUCUAGGAACAUUCUCCAACUGGUUUGACAUUGGGUAUGCUCUCAAAUAGUUCAGAGAACGUAAAGAAACAACUUUCUUCUGUGGGAAUUUCAGUACUUCAGCAUAAUGUUUCCUACAGGUUUCCUCAUGGUUUUAUUUAGUCAUGUUCUCAAAUUGUUCCAACGUUCAGAGAACGUUCUAAGAAUGUUAUUUGAAAACAUAUACAUUCCGUUCUCAGCAUCAACAAAACUCUCCUCUAUCUUGUUAUGUGUGUGCAGGUGUUUUGGCCGCGCCCACUAAUUGGCCACUCCUGAUCUUAAUGAGUGCUUGUUUCCUUUGAAUAGGGAUCUGCUUGAAUAGAUGAACAGCUUUGUAUGAGUUAAAAAAACAUGGCAUGCUAGCUCCAUCUUGGUGGUGCAGUGGACUAAUUCCAUGGAUAGAGAACAGAAGAUUAUAGGUUUGAAUCUGACUGAUGCUGUUUCACAAUAAAAAAUACAUGUGUUUGCAUGAUUAAUGCCUAAGGAAUAUAAUUUCCAUGUGUUUGGAGUUCAAAAAAGUUAACCCAAAAUAAGCUAGCAUUGUUAUUAAAAGUCUUAUUGAAACAUUCAGUGAAAGCUUAAGGAAGUUAUUCAUAAACCUCCAAAUAACCUAUAAUUUUAGUUCUCAGAGCGUUAAUAAAACCUCCCAGGAAAACUUCUAAGGAACCAUAGUAAAAUGUUCUCAGAACCUUCCUGCAACCUAAAAAUUUAUCUUCCCAGAACAGGUGAAAUUUUCACUUCCGUUCUCAGAAUUUAAAAAAGAAAUGUUCAGUUUCACUGAUCAGGAAACUUCAUUCCCAGAAACAAUGGGAAACCAAAAACAUACAUUCCCACAAAUUCUAAGGAACCAAAUGUGCUAGCUGGGUACUCCCCCCAUUUGAAGGUGUCAUAAGUAUUUGGAAAAAUUCACUUAUAGUGUAUUACAUUUAGUCCAAAUUGAGUAUUUGGUCCCAUAUGCCUAGCACGCAAUGACUACAUCAAGCUUGUGACUCUACAAACUUGUUGGAUGCAUUUGUUGGAUUAUGUUGUGCCCAAUAGAAAUGAAUGGUAAAUAAUGUAUUGUGUCAUUUUGGAGUUACUUAUAUUGUAAAUAAGAAUAGAAUAUGUUUCUGAACACUUCUACAUUCAUGUGGAUGCUACCAUGAUUACGGAUAAUCAUUAAUGAAUCGUGAAUAAUGAUGAGUGAGAAAAUUACUGAGGCAUAAAUAUCAUACCCCCCCCCCAAAGAAUGAUGACCUCCUCUAUUAUUGGUAAUGGUGAGAGGUUAGCAUGUUUUUGGGGGCAUGAUCUUUGUGCAUCUGUAACUUUCUCACUCAUCAUUAUUCACGAUUCAUUCAUGAUUAUCCGUAAUCAUGGUAGCAUCCACAUGAAUGUAGAAGUGUUCAGAAACAUUAUAUUGUUAUUUACAAUACAAUUAAUUUCAAAAUGACACAAUACAUUAUUUACCAUUCAUUUCUGUUGGGCACAACAUAAUCGAAACACAACCAAAACAAACUGCAAAUGGGACUAGAUACAUAAAGUGCAUUCAUUUCUAAACGGUAAAACAGAUAUGUAUAAAAAUACCCUCAAAUAAAUGUGAUCUCGAAUCCAAAAUGCUGGGGUACAGAGCCAAAUUCAACAUUUUAGCUUCACUGUCCAAAUAAAUACUUAGGGGAAGUGUACUUUCUUUCUUUCUUUCCUUCUCUGUCUCUGUCUCUGUCCCUGUGUGUGUGUGUGUGUCUUCCACCUCCCUCCACUCCACUCUCCGCUCCAGGCCCUAGACAGCCCUCUGGCCCCUGAGCCCUCCAGUCGGCCCCGGCGUCGCUGGUCCUGUCGUAUGGGCUCUCUGGAACUCAUGGUCAAGUCUAUGCUGGACCUGAGACAGCUAGAGGCCUUCUCCAUCACCGGCUCCUCUCACAAGAAAGGCCCUGCCUCCCGGCUCAAAGCGAGAGACGCAGGGAGCACCUCCAGCCUGCAGGGGACCUCGGUAAGUAGAGAGGCAGAGAGACUGGGAGAGAGGGAAGAGGGAGAGAGAGAGCAGGGGGGGGGGGGGGGAGAAAGAGAGAGAGGGGGCCGCAUUCCCCCCUUUUGAAGGCCCUCUGAUGGACUCAGUCGGGGUCUGAACUUACUGUUGCGAGUUAGAAUGGCAGGGUUGUGGGUUCGUUUCCCACGGGGGGCCAGUAUGAAAAUGUAUGCACUCACUAACUGUAAGUCGCUCUGGAUAAGAGCGUCUGCUAAAUGACUAAAAUGUCAAAUGUAAAUGUAGAAUACACAAGGUGCGAUUUUGAAAUUUGGUUGUGCAUCAGCAGUUUUUCUGUUGUUAUGUUAGUCACUGAUAGUCAGUCAAUUAGCCCAUGUCUGCAAAUGUAUUUUUGUUUGCUAAGUUAGUUUCGCGGCUAGCUAUUUUUAUCAUGGUCUGAUUUUGUUAGGCAGUGUCACUCAGAUUUACAUUUACAUUUUAGUAAUUUAGCGACUUACAGUUAGUGCAUUCAUCUUAAGAUAGCUAGGUGGGACAACCACAUAUCACAGGUGGUCGAGGUGAGGAGGAUGAUUAUUUUAAGAUAGUGUUUGAAGAGGUAGGGUUUCAGAUGUUUUCGGAAGAUGGGCAGGUACUCUGCUGUCCUAGCUUCAGGGGGAAGCUGGAUCCACCAUUGGGGAGCCAGGAUAUAGGAGAGCUUGGACUGAGCUGAGCGGGAGCUGCCCUCCCGUAGGGGUGGGAGGGCCAAGAGACCCGAGGUGCCAGAACGGAGUGCUCGGGUUGGGGUGUAGGGUUUGAGCAUAGCCUGAAGGUAGGGAGGGGCAGUUCCUCUUGCUGUUCCGUAAGUAAGCACCAUGGUCUUGUAGUGGAUGCGAGUUUCGACUGGAAGCCAGUGGAGUGUGUGGAGGAGCGGGGUGACAUGAGAGAACAUGGGAAGGUCGAAAACCAGGCGGGCUGCAGCGUUCUGGAUAAGUUGCAGGGGUUUGAUGGCACAAGCAGGGAGCCCAGCCAACAGCGAGUUGCAGUAGUCCAGACUGGAGAGGAUGAGUGCCUGGAUUAGGACCUGUGCUGCUUCCUGUGUGAGGUAGGGUCGUACUCUAGGGAUGUUGUAGAGCAUGAACCUGCAGGAGCGGGUCACUGCUUUGAUGUUUGCAGAGAACAACAGGGUGUUGUCCAGGGUCACGCCAAGGUCGAGGUUGAGCUUGAGGUGGUGGGCCGACAUCCAAGUUGAGAUAUCUGCCAGGUACGCAGAGAUGCGUGUCGCUACCUGGGUGUCAGAAGGGGGGAAGGAGAAAAGUAGUUGAGUGUCAUCCGCAUAGCAAUGAUAGGAGAGACCAUGUGAGGAUAUGACAGAGCCGAGUGACUUGGUGUAUAGAGAGAAGGGGAGAGGGCCUAGAACCGAGCCCUGGGGGACACCAGUAGUGAGAGUACAUGAUGCAGACACAGAUCCUCUCCACGUCACCUGGUAGGAACGGCCUGCCAGGUAGGAUGCAGUAAAAAUGUGUGCGUAGCCUGAGAAGCCUAGCCCUGAGAGGGUGGAGAGGAGGAUCUGAUGGUUCAUGGUGUCGAAGGCAGCGGAUAGAUCUAGGAGGAUGAGAACAGAGGAGAGAGAGUCAGCUUUGGCAGUGCAGAGAUCCUCCGUGACACAGAGAAGAGCAGUCUCGGUUGAGUGACCCAUCUUGAAGCCUGACUGGUUAGGGUCAAGAAGAUCAUUCUAAGAGAAAUAAUGAGAAAGUUGUUUUCGGGGGGGUGGGGGGGUAUGGACGUGGGUAGGCAGGCAUCAAUGUUGCCCAUCCCUGAUCGAUAGCUAAUAGAUUAGUAAAAUAUUAUAGACAGGUAGAUGGACUUGAAUUUGGUUCUCUCUAACCCUAAUGCUCCUCUGUUCUGUGUUAUAAGCUGGACUUGGAGGAGCGGGUUAAGAGACGUCAACCUCAACCCCACUAUGCUGCCUGGCUGACCCCUAACGCCAACCCUAACCCUGACUCUGACCUGGGCUCCCAGGGGUCUGAUGGACGUGUGCUGUACCCCGAGGGGAGCGAUUACGCUGCCAGCCGACGGGGCAGGUACACCUCACACACACACACAUAAGGACACAUACUAUGCAUAGAUACACACACCACUUCAACUUUCAAUUUCUCCUUUCAUGUUCCUCUUUAUCUAUCAACUUGCUGUCUCUGUGUCUCUCUCUUAUCUUUUGACUAUCUCUUCUUUUUGUCUUCUCACUGUUCAUUCCUUCUUUCUCCCCUAUCUUCCCCCCUCUCUCUUUCUCUCUCUCUCCCCUAUCCCCCCUCUCGCUCUCUCUCUCACUCAGUGAUUACCUGAUGAAGGAGUCGCCCCGCGGCCUGGGUAGGAGGAACCGUGAGCCGGAGAGCCAGGACAGCCAGAGCCCAGACAGUGCCUGUUCUGUGGGCUACGGGAGUAGAGAGCUUACUCCUGACCCGGAUCAUGGAGGUAAGAGCAUACACACACACACACACACACACAUACACAUACACAUACACAUACACAUACAUACACACUCCUUUCACCUUUGUACUUUGACCUCUCCUCCCAGACUCUGAGGGCACAGCAGAGCCUCUAAGCUCAGACGAGGACAGUUCUGACCUGGAGGACGAAGAGGAUGAGGAGGAGGAGGAGAGGAAGAUGGAAAGUUCUAGUAUGGAUGAGGCGAUGAGGAAGGUCUCUGACCCACUAGAGGACAGUCACCAUGAGGCCUUCCUCAGACAGCACUUUGAAACACUGGCUGAGCCCAGCAAUAUGGGUAAGAGAGGACACAUGCACACACUCCAACUUUGCACAUGGAGGUGACAUUCUACCCAUAAACUGUUGUACAGGUACAUAUUACAAUUAUUUGACUGUAAUUACCCUCCUCCCCAGAAGAGCGCAGUAGAGCUCCCAGCAUCAGUAUGUCAGCACGAUUCCUGGCCAGAGGCUCCAACAACAGGUAAUAGAGCUCACCAGCUUGUAGUCAUAAAAAACGGAAAUGAGUUAGCAUUUUCUACCUCUGGUUCGUUGGCCAUUCCUAUGGGAUAAAUUAAUAGGGAAAGAAUGGGGUUUUGGGAUAAAUGCUGAAAAUAAGGUCUGAGGUUAACACAGGCUUAGGGGGCGGCAGGUAGCUUAGUGGGUAAGAGCGUUGUGCCAGUAACCGAAAGGUCGCUGGUUCUAAUCCCCGAGCCGACUAGGUGAAAAAUCUGUCGAUGUGCCCUUGAGCAAGGCACUUAACCCUAAUUGCUCCUGUAAGUCGCUCUGGAUAAGAGCGUCUGCUAAAUGACUGUAAAUGUAAAAUGAGAUUUUAGACUUUUUUUCUCUAUGAGAUAAUAUCAGUCAGUCAACAUGACCUUUAUGAAUUAUGAAACCUUUAUGUGCUUGUUUUGAUUACAGAAAUGCUUCAAAAUGCUCAAAACGGGAUAUUAGCUGAUUUAGAUUAUCACAUAGAACAAAACGUAUAAGAUCUCCUAAGCCUGUGUUUACCACAGCAUUUAUCCCAAAAAACUCCAAAAAACUCAUUCAGAGGCUUUGGCCAACAAGCCAUGGUGGGGUUAGCCUCUGUUAGUGUUUACAAAAAGACACCAUCACUAUUGCUCUCUAUGGGAUAACCAAGGGAUCCUAAAGACUUUAACACACAUACAGUGGGGGAAAAAAGUAUUUAGUCAGCCACCAAUUGUGCAAGUUCUCCCACUUAAAAAGAUGAGGCCUGUAAUUGACAGACAAAUUGAGCAUUUUUUUCUCCAGAAAAUCACAUUGUAGGAUUUUUUAUGAAUUUAUUUGCAAAUUAUGGUGGAAAAUAAGUAUUUGGUCACCUACAAACAAGCAAGAUUUCUGGCUCUCACAGACCUGUAACUUCUUCUGUAAGAGGCUCCUCUGUCCUCCACUCGUCACCUGUAUUAAUGGCACCUGUUUGAACUUGUUAUCAGUAUAAAAGACACCUGUCCGCAACCUCAAACAGUCACACUCCAAACUCCACUAUGGCCAAGACCAAAGAGCUGUCAAAGGACACCAGAAACAAAAUUGUAGACCUGCACCAGGCUGGGAAGACUGAAUCUGCAAUAGGUAAGCAGCUUGGUUUGAACAAAUCAACUGUGGGAGCAAUUAUUAGGAAAUGGAAGACAUACAAGACCACUGAUAAUCUCCCUCGAUCUGGGGCUCCACGCAAUAUCUCACCCCGUGGGGUCAAAAUGAUCACAAGAACGGUGAGCAAAAAUCCCAGAACCACACGGGGAACCUAGUGAAUGACCUGCAGAGAGCUGGGACCAAAGUAACAAAGCCUACCAUCAGUAACACACUACGCCGCCAGGGACUCAAAUCCUGCAGUGCCAGACGUGUCCCCCUGCUUAAGCCAGUACAUGUCCAGGCCCGUCUGAAGUUUGCUAGAGUGCAUUUGGAUGAUCCAGAAGAGGAUUGGGAGAAUGUCAUAUGGUCAGAUGAAACCAAAAUAUAACUUUUUGGUAAAAACUCAACUCGUCAUAUUUGGAGGACAAAGAAUGCUGAGUUGCAUCCAAAGAACACCAUACCUACUGUGAAGCAUGGGGGUGGAAACAUCAUGCUUUGGGGCUGUUUUUCUGCAAAGGGACCAGGACGACUGAUCCGUGUAAAGGAAAGAAUGAAUAGGGCCAUGUAUCGUGAGAUUUUGAGUGAAAACCUCCUUCCAUCAGCAAGGGCAUUGAAGAUGAAACGUGGCUGGGUCUUUCAGCAUGACAAUGAUCCCAAACACACCGCCCGGGCAACGAAGGAGUGGCUUCGUAAGAAGCAUUUCAAGGUCCUGGAGUGGCCUAGCCAGUCUCCAGAUCUCAACCCCAUAGAAAAUCUUUGGAGGGAGUUGAAAGUCCGUGUUUCCCUAGCGACAGCCCCAAAACAUCACUGCUCUAGAGGAGAUCUGCAUGGAGGAAUGGGCCAAAAUACCAGCAACAGUGUGUGAAAACCUUGUGAAGACUUACAGAAAACGUUUGACCUGUGUCAUUGCCAACAAAGGGUAUAUAACAAAGUAUUGAGAAACUUUUGUUAUUGAUUAAAUACUUAUUUUCCACCAUCAUUUGCAAAUAAAUUCAUUAAAAAUCCUACAAUGUGAUUUUCUGGAUUUUUUUCUUCUCAUUUUGUCUGUCAUAGUUGACGUGUACCUAUGAUGAAAAUUACAGGCCUCUCUCAUCUUGCACAAUUGGUGGCUGACUAAAUACUUUUUUCCCCCACUGUACAUACGGAAGCCCAUGUAUACUUUCACAUGUACGCAACACCAACAAAGCUUUUUUUCAUUGUCUACAUUUGCUUUCACCCUGCCUAGUACAGGACAGUCGUGGUCAAAAGUUUUGAGAAUGACACAAAUAUUAAUUUUCACAAAGUCUGCUGCCUCAGUUUUUAUGAUGGCAAUUUGCAUAUACUCCAGAACGUUAUGAAGAGUGAUCAGAUGAAUUGGAAUUAAUUGCAAAGUCCCUCUUUGCCAUGAAAAUGAACUUAAUCCAAAAAAAACAUUUCCACUGAAUUUCAGCCCUGCCACAAAAGGACCAGCUGACAUCAUGUCAGUGAUUCUCUCGUUAACACAGGUGAGAGUGUUGACGAGGACAAGGCUGGAGAUGACUCUGUCAUGCUGAUUGAGUUAGAAUAACAGACUGGAAGCUUUAAAAGGAGGGUGGUUCUUCCUCUGUUCAAAGUCUCUUCCUCAUUGUUCUUCCUCUGUCAACCAUGGUUACCUGCAAGGAAACACAUGCCGUCAUCAUUGCUUUGCACAAAAAGGGCUUCACAGGCAAGGAUAUUGCUGCUAGUAAGAUUGCCCAUAAAUCAACCAUUUAUUGGAUCAUCAAGAACUUCAAGGAGAGAGGUUCAAUUGUUGUGAAGAAGGCUUCAGGGCGCCCAAGAAAGUCCAGCAAGCGCCAGGACCGUCUCCUAAAGUUGAUUAAGCUGCGGGAUCGGGGCACCACCAGUGCAGAGCUUGCUCAGUAAUGGCAGCAGGCAGGUGUGAGUGCAUCUGCACGCACAGUGAGGCGAAGACUAUUGGAGGAUGGCCUGGUGUCAAGAAGGGCAGCGAGGAAGCCAAUUCUCUCCAGGAAAAACAUCAGGGACAGACUGAUAUUCUGCAAAAGGUACAGGGAUUGGACUGCUGAGGACUGGGGUAAAGUCAUUUUCUCUGAUGAAUCCCCUUUCCGAUUGUUUGGGGCAUCCGGAAAAAAGCUUGUCCGGAGAAGACAAAGUGAGCGCUGCCAUCAGUCCUGUGCCAACAUUAAAGUAUCCUGAGACCAUUCAUGUGUGGGGUUGCUUCUCAGCCAAGGGAGUGAGCUCACUCACAAUUUUGCCUAAGAACACAGCCAUGAAUAAAGAAUGGUACCAACACAUCCUCCGAGAGCAACUUCUCCCAACCAUCCAAGAACAGUUUGGUGACGAACAAUGCCUUUUCCAGCAUGAUGGAGCACCUUGCCAUAAGGCAAAAGUGAUAACUAAGUGGCUCGGAGAACAAAACAUCGAAAUUCUGGGUCCAUGGCCAGGAAACUCCCCAGACCUUAAUCCCAUUGAGAACUUGUGGUCAAUCCUCAAGAGGCGGGUGGACAAACAAAACCCUACAAAUUCUGACAAACUCCAAGCAUUGAUUAUGCAAGAAUGGGCUGCCAUCAGUCAGGAUGUGGCCCAGAAGUUAAUUGACAGCAUGCCAGGGUGGAUUGCAGAGGUCUUGAAAAAGAAGGGUCAACACUGCAAAUAUCGACUCUUUACAUAAACUAAAUGUAAUUGUCAAUAAAAGCCUUUGACACUUAUGGAAUGCUUGUAAUUAUACUUCAGUAUACCAUAGUAACAUCUGAAAAAAAUAUCUAAACACUGAAGCAGCAAACUUUGUGAAGACCAAUACUUGUGUCAUUCUCAAAACUUCACUGUAACCAGGUGAUGUCCUCUCUACAGGAGAAUCCCUCUGUUUUCCAAAGCUCAUGAGAGGGAGCAGGGGCCCUUGGUGUCCAAGGUGAGGCCCCUGAUGGAGGAGAGCCAGGUAAAGGGCCACGAAGACAGGGAGAGGCCCAUGACCCCUGGGAGAGGGCAGGAGGGGACAAAGUGAGUAGCUUUAGAGAGGAUGUAAGACUCUUUAAACAGGUCGUUUUUUUUGUGAUAAUUAUUUGUAAGUAAAAAUGGUAUCAGAUAUUUGUAAAAAUAAUGAUACAAAGGAAAUUCGAUUGAUUGGUUGAUUGAUUGAUUGAUGAAGCUUCCCUCCUUGUGUCAGGCUGGAGGUGUGUGCUCCAGAGAGGGGCACCGUGCUGCGUUCCCACCCCCAGAAGAAGAGGCCUCUUGGGGCUCAUCUGUGGAGGAUGUCAAGCCCCCUGGCCAGAGCUCCAGCCCUGCUGGACAGAGCAGCUGGACUACAGAAGUCCCAGUCUGUACAGAACCUGGCAACAGAGGGUGAGCUGCUCAGGACCACUGAUGUUCAGUACAGCACAUACAUUAUAACACUGUACAUAUUAAUAACCUAACCUCAGAGGGGGAGUACAGCACAAGCCACAUGAUCUCAAAACAAGAUUGAGGGUUUAUCAGUAAACAACUGUCUAAAUAUAUACAUGUGACAUUUAAAAAUACACUGAUCAAAAAAAUAAAGGGAACACUUAAACAACACAUCCUAGAUCUGAAUGAAUGAAAUAAUCUUAUUAAAUACUUUUUUCUUUACAUAGUUGAAUGUGCUGACAACAAAAUCACACAAAAAUGAUCAAUGGAAAUCAAAUUUAUCAACCCAUGGAGGUCUGGAUUUGGAGUCACCCUCAAAAAUAAAGUGGAAAACCACACUACAGGCUGAUCCAACUUUGAUGUAAUGUCCUUAAAACAAGUCAAAAUGAGGCUCAGUAGUGUGUGUGGCCUCCACGUGCCUGUAUGACCUCCCUACAACGCCUGGGCAUGCUCCUGAUGAGGUGUUCCCUUUGUUUUUUUGAGCAGUGUAGUUUACAUUACAUUGGUUGUCUAAUUGACAGUAAGCAGCAUAAAAAAAUAAAGUAUAUCCAGUCACUGUCUCUCUACUGUCUCAUGACCCUUCCCAUGACUCUCCCCCUGCUCCCCCCCCACCCCAUAGUUCCCCGCUCCCCCAACCCCUCCAGUGGUAGAGGAGAGAUGUGCCCUCGCCCCCAGCACCUCCCCUUCGAUAUACACCCUUCCAAAGCCAACUCCUGCCUCCCUUCUACCUCUCCUCUCUCCUCCCUUGUCUCCCCUGUGCCCUCGGAAAGCCCCAAGCUCAGAUCCCCCCGCACCUACAUGAGUCCCACCACCAGCUCCGUGGCCAAGACCAGCCGCUCUGCAUCCCUGGCAGAGGGCUUCCAUCUGGGCUUACUGUCCUGCCAUGAUUCCGUAACAUCACAAGGCCUGGAGGAUGGUAGUGGAGGGAGUGGAAACACACCUAACAGCCCCAAGAGCAGGAAGCCUUUUGGGGGGCUACUGGAGGCUGAACCACCCCUCCUCACUUCCUCCUCUCUCUGUUCCCGCUCCUCUUCUCUCUCUCCCCCUUCUCCUCCCUGUCCUCUCCCUGGUCCCUCCCCUUUUCCACCACGUGCGACAGUCUCGCCCAAUCCCAGCUUGGCGUUGCCCCUGAGCGUCCAGCCCUCCCGCAUUCCCCUGCCCAUCAAACAGCCACUCAGCCCUCGGUGCAGCCUCUGCCCGGAGACCAAACCUCAACCUGAUUGGUCUGUUUCCUCUACAGGAGACCUUGCCCUCAGGAAACAACACCAAAGUAAGCCAGAAUUAUUUUUGUAAAGUUUAAAGUUUAUUAGAGGACAUCAUCGCAAAGCAAGUAUGAAAUGUGAUGUUUUUUACGUGUUGUGGAUGUUAUAGAUACAGAAAAGUGUUGAUUAAAGGAAUAUUUAGUAAACUUAAUGUAAAGGCAUAAUCAACCUGGGUCUGUCUGUCUCUGCAGCCUUCAGCAAACGCCUCUCCCUGACUACGGCCCAGAUGCAAGGGCUUCUGGGUAACGUCCAGCUGCUGUCCAUCUCACCUACCUCACUUCCUGUAAAGCAGGAAGGAACCGUGAACUCAGAGAGGUAAACUGUAGUCUGUUUACUUAGGAUACAUCUCAAAUGGCACCCUUAUAAAUUCUCCAUAGUGCAGUAUGUUUGGCUAGAAAACAAAGUAGUAAAAUAUUUGGUGACUAUGGUGUCGUUUGAGACAAGCCCCCUAAUACAACAAUACAUUCCAAACACUCAAAGUUUCCCCAUGAAACCUUUCCUUUCCUUUCCGUUCUCAGUGCUCCAGAUUUGGAGGAGGCGGUGUGUAGAGAGCCCCUUCUAGUGUCUGUCCAGGCCAACACCUUGACCUCCGACCCCCAGCCAGGUCUGAAUCAACGCAGACGCUCCUCUAUCAUCCUCACCGCCACUCUUCCUCUCCAUCACGCCAUCUCUCUACCGCUUCAUCCUUCUCUUCAUCAUAAGUGUCCGUGUGCUUUCUGGCAGGUCUGUCCAUCUGUCUCUGUCCCUCCCUACUGUCACCACUGCUGCCUGAAAGGUGAGUCAGCUUCAUUCCUUUCUGCUUUCAAACCUUCCCUUUGCCUAUUUGAAUGUGAUUUUCUCUUAUUUACUAACUCGCAUUGUUCGCCUGCUUAAAGCGUAUACCAAUGCAUCCAUAACGUGUGUGUUGUAUUAGCUCUGUAUCUAUCCAUUAUGUGUGUGUUGUACUGUAGCAGGUUUUUGUUUGUUUACUACUCUCAGCUCCUGAAUGAUUAUGAGACACUAGAAUGUGUGUUUUCUCCCACAGAGCCCCCUGUCACUGUGGAAACCUGUAGACAGGCUAUAACAGAGCUGCACAACAGUGUGAGGAGAGCCACCCAGCUCUAUACUACGGUCAGUCUGGUGUGUGUGUGUGUGUUUGUGGGGACCAAAAUUCUGACAAGUGGGGACAUUUAACCGGUCCCCACAAGGAUAAAUGCUAUUUUAGGGUUAGGGUUACAAUUAGGAGGAAGAGUUAGAUUUAGUGUUAGGGUUUGGGGUUACGGUUAGGGUUAAGUUUAGGGUUAGGUUAGGGGUUAGGGAAAAUGGGAUUUUGAAUAGGAAUCAAUUGUGUGGUCCGCACAAGGACAGUAUAUGGCGCCGGAGGAGAUGGCUGCCAUUUUGCGGGUUUCUAACCAAUUGUGCUAUUUUGUGGGUUUUUUCGCAUUGUUUGUAACUUAUUUUGUACAUAAUGUUUCUGCCACCGCCUGUUAUGACCGAAAAGAGCUUCUGGAUAUCAGAACAGGGAUUACUCACCUCAAACUGGACAAAGAUUUUUUCUUUAACGAGUCGGACGCGAAGGAUUUACUCCAGAUACCCGACCAGGCCCAGGCCCAAAUCCCUGUCAUUCACAUGAAGAGAAGACACCGAUACAGGAGACGUAGGUCCGGGUAGGUCCGGGUGCCUUGUGAGAAUUCGUCGGCGAGUGGGUAACCCGACUCUACCAUCCGUCCUAUUGGCCAACGUGCAAUCAUUGUAGAAUGAACUGGAUGAGCUCCGUUCAAGACUAUCCUACCAACGGGACAUUUAAAAACUGUAAUAUCUUAUGUUUCACCGAGUCGUGGCUGAACGACGACAUGGAUAAUAUACAGUUGGCUGGUUUUCCCGUGCAUCGGCAAGACGGAACAGCUGCCUCCGGUAAGACAAGGGUUGGCGGUCUGUGUCUAUUUGUCAAUAACAGCGUGAAAUCAAAUAUUAAGGAAGUCUCUAGGUUUUGCUCGCCUGAGGUAGAGUAUCUCAUGAGAACCUGUAGACCACACUAUUUACCAAGAGCGUUUUUAUCUAUAUUUUUCAUAGUUGUCUAUUUACCACCACAAACCGAUGCUGGCGCUAAGACCGCACUCAAUGAGCUGUAUAAAGUCAUAAGCAAACAAGAAAAUGCUCAUCCAGAGGCAGCACUCCAAGUGGCCGGGGACGUUAAUGUAGGGAAACCAGCAUGUUACAUGUGCAAUAAGAGGAAAAAAAAACUCUAGACCACAUUUACUCCACACACAGAGACGCGUACAAAGCUCACCCUCCAUUUGGCAUAUCUGACCAUAAUUCUAUCCUCCUGAUUCCUGCUUACAAGUAAAAAUUAAAGCAGGAAGUACCAGUGACUCGCUCAAUACGGAAGUGGUCAGAUGACGCAGAUGCUAAGUUACAGGACUGUUUUGCUAGCACAGACUGGAAUAUGUUCCGGGACUCAUCCGAUGGAAUUGAGGACUAUAACACAUCAGUCACCGGCUUCAUCAAUAAGUGCAUCGAUGACGUUGUCCCCACAGUGACCUUAUGUACAUACACCUACCAGAAGCCAUGGAUUACAGGCAACAUCCGCACUGAUCUAAAGGGUAGAGCUGCCGCUUUCAAGGAGCGGGACUCUAACCUGGACACUUAUCAGAAAUCCCGCUAUGCCCUCAGACGAACCAUCAAACAGGCAAAGAGUCAAUACAGGACUAAGAUUGAACCCUACUACACCGGCUAUGAAGCUCGUCAGUUGUGGCAGGGCUUGCAAACUAUUACUGACUACAAAGGGAAGCCCAGCUGCGAGCUGCCCUGUGACACAAGCCUACCAGACGAGCUAAAUGACUUCUAUGCGCGCUUCGAGGCAAGCAACAGUGAAUUAUGCAUGAGAGCACCAGCUGUUCCGGACGACUGUGUGAUCACGCUCGUCAUAGCUGAUGUGAGUAAGACCUUUAAAUAGGUCAACAUUCACAAGGCCGCAGGGCCAGACGGAUUACCAGGACGUGUACUCCGAGCAUUCUCUGACCAACUGGCAAGUGUCUUCACUGACAUUUCCAACCUGUCCCUGGCCGAGUCUGUAAUACCAACAUGUUUCAAGCAGACCACCAUAGUCCCUGUGCCCAAGAACACCAAGGUAACCUGCCUAAAUGACUACCGACCCGUAGCACUCACGUCUGUAGCCAUGAAGUGCUUUGAAAGGCUGGUCAUGGCUCACAUCAACAUUGCAUACCGCUCCAACAGAUCCACAGAUGACGCAAUCUCUAUUGCACUCAACACUGCCCUUUCCCACCUGGACAAAAGGAACACCUACGUGAGAAUGUUGUUCAUUGACUACGGCUCAGUGUUCAACACCAUAGUGCCAUCGAAUCUCAAUACUAAGCUAAGGACCCUGGGACUAAACGCCUCCCUCUGCAACUGGAUCCUGGCCUUCCUGAUGGGCCGUUCCCAGGUGGUAAAGGUAGGCAACAACACAUCCGCCACGUUGAUCCUCAACACGGGGACCCCUCAUGGGGGUGCGUGCUUAGUCCACUCCUGUACUCCCUGUUCACCCAUGACUGCGUGGCCAAGCAUGACUCCCAACACCAUCAUUAAGUUUUCCGACGAGACAACGGUGGUAGGCCUGAUCACCGACAAUGAUGAGACAGCCUAAAGGGAGGAGGUCAGAGACCUGGAGGUGUGGUGCCAGGACAACAACCUCUUCCUCAACGUGAUCAAGACAAAGGAGAUGAUCGUGGAUUACAGGAAAAGGAGGGCCGAGCACGCCCCCAUUCUCAUCGACAGGGCUGUAGUGGAGCAAGUUGAGAGUUUCAAGUUCCUUGGUGUCCACAUCACCAACAAGCUAUCAUGGUCCAAACACACCAAGACAGUCGUGAAGAGGGCACGACAAUGCCGAUUCCCCCACAGGAGACUGAAAUGAUUUGGCAUGUGUCCUCAGAUCCUCAAAAAGUUAUACAGCUGCACCAUUGAGAGCAUCCUUACUGGUUGUAUCACCGCCUGGUAUGGCAACUGCUCGGCAUCCGACCGCAAGGCGCUACAGAGGGUAAUGCGUACGGCUCAGUACAUCACUGGUGCCAAGCUUCCUGCCAUCCAGGACCUCUAUACCAGGCGGUGUCAGAGUUAGGCCCUAAAAAUUGCCAAAGACUCCAGCCACCCUAGUCAUAGGCUGUUCUCUCUGCUACCGCACGGCAAGCGAUACCGGAGUGCCAAGUCUAGGUCCAAAAGGCUUUUUAACAGCUUCUACCCCCAAGCCAUAAGACUCCUGAACAGCUAAUCAUGGCUACCCAGACUAUUUGCACCCCCACCCCAUCUUUUUACACUGCUGCUACUGCAUCUGUGUGUGUGUGUGUGUGUGUGUGUGUGUGUGUGUGUGUGUGUGUGUGUGUGUGUGUGUGUGUGUGUGUGUGUGUGUGUGUGUGUGUGUGUGUGUGUGUGUGUGUGUGUGUGUGUGUGUGUGUUUAUACCUUGUGUAUUUACGAUAAAGUAUGUCAUGUUUCUCUCCAGGUGCUGAGCUGUGGGUCAGAGCUCAAUGCAGAGCAGCAGGAGAUGGAGACGGUUCUGGCUGAUGCUCUGGGAACACUGAAGACUGAACUAGACUCCCUACCUCACCCUGUACAUAGAAGCGAAGGGCUCAGGAGGGAGGUAGCAGUGAGGGGGGAGGUAGGGGUCAAAGGUGAGGGGGACAGGACAUUGGCUCUCCUGCGGCAGUAUUCUGAGCUCAUAUUAAAGUCAGUGGAGAAGAGACUGGACAACAAGAUCUAA